ACAUUCGUCAUUCCACCGUUUUGCACGACGCUUGUUCGUAUUUCUUUGUGAUUGCUAUUUCGUUAUAUGUUGUAGAAUAGGGUUAAUAGAGUUAAGCAAGUUCAAAUCAAAAACGCAAAGCAACGGAGAUAUAAAUACAUAAAUAAAAAUUGAAUAGACAUAGCAACAAAAUGGAAGUCACUGAUGCAAAUUUGCAAUUGCUAGCCGGUUAUUUGCAACAGACGCUCAGCGCAGAUCCAAAUGUUCGCAGACCCGCGGAAAAGUUGCUGGAGUCGACGGAAUUGCAGCAGAAUUAUCCGGUGCUGUUGCUCAAUCUGAUCGACAAGGCGACAAUGGACAUGACCAUUCGGGUAGCGGGCGCAAUCGCAUUCAAGAAUUAUGUGAAACGCAACUGGGCCGCACACGAGGAUGGCGAUGAACCGGAUCGUAUACAUGAGAGCGAUCGCAAUACGAUCAAGACGCUGAUCGUGACGCUGAUGCUGCACUCGCCGACUGCGCUGCAGAAGCAACUGAGCGACGCUGUCAGCAUAAUUGGUAAACAUGAUUUCCCCAAGAAAUGGCCGCAACUCAUCGAUGAAAUGGUUGAGAAAUUUGGAUCCGGCGACUUCAAUAUUAUAAAUGGUAUAUUGCAAACGGCACAUUCGCUUUUCAAGCGCUAUCGCUUCGAAUUCAAAUCGCAAGCAUUGUGGGAGGAGAUUAAGUUUGUGCUUGAUCGUAUGGCCAAGCCAUUGACAGAGCUGCUGCAGGCGACAAUGCAGCUGAGCACAUUGCACGAGGGCAAUGCAGAGGCCUUGAAGGUCAUUUAUAGCUCGUUGGUGCUGGUCAGCAAGGUGUUCUUCUCACUCAACUCGCAGGAUCUGCCCGAGUUCUUUGAGGACAACAUGAGCAUAUGGAUGGGCGCAUUCCUACAGCAGCUGGCCGUUGACGUUGCCAUUCUGCGCACCGAUGACGAUGAGGAUGCCAGCGUUUUGGAGCAUCUGCGUUCGCAGGUCUGCGAGAACAUUUGCCUCUAUGCACGCAAAUACGAUGAGGAGUUCAAGCCGUACAUGGAGCAGUUCGUCACUGCCGUCUGGGAGUUGCUGGUGAAGACCAGUUUACAUACAAAAUAUGAUUCGCUCGUCUCGAACGCUCUGCAAUUUCUUUCGGUUGUCGCUGAGCGGAAGCAUUAUCACGGCAUCUUUGAGAAUCCAGAAAUACUGGCGCGCAUCUGCGAAAAGGUUGUCAUACCCAAUCUGGACAUUAGACCGUCGGACGAGGAGCUGUUCGAGGACAGUCCGGAUGAAUAUAUACGCCGUGAUAUUGAGGGCUCUGACAUUGAUACACGUCGACGGGCCGCAUGCGAUCUGGUCAAGACUCUGUCUGUCAACUUUGAGCAAAAGAUCUUUGGUAUUUUUGGUCAAUAUCUGGAAAUCUUGCUGGGCAAGUACAAACAAGAUCCGGUGGCCAACUGGCGUGCCAAGGACACGGCCAUUUACUUGGUCACCUCCUGGGCAUCCCGUGGCGGUACACAAAAACACGGCGUUACACAGAGCUCGGAGCUGGUGCCGUUGCCGCAGUUCUGCGCUGAGCACAUCAUGCCUGAACUGGAGCGACCCAAUGUUAAUGAGCUUCCCGUGCUAAAGGCAGCUGCAAUCAAGUAUGUGAUGGUGUUCCGCAGUCUAUUGGGGCCACAGACGUUGGCGGGCUGUUUGCCCCAUCUCAUACGUCAUUUGCCCGCGCAGAGCAUUGUAGUGCACAGCUAUGCGGCUUGCGCGCUGGAGAAGAUAAUGACCAUGCGGGAUGCAAGCAAUGGACUGUUGUUCGGGCCACAGGUUCUUGGGCCACACUCAAAUCAAUUGGUAAGCGGACUAUUUGCCACAUUAGCGCAGAGUGGUUCGGCGGAGAACGAGUAUGUAAUGAAAGCAAUUAUGAGAAGCUUCCAUGUGCUGCAGGCGGGCGCGAUGCCAUAUAUGGCUGUAGCAUUGCCACGCCUCACCGAAAUUCUCACGUUUGUCGCCAAGAAUCCCUCGCGACCACUCUUUAAUCAUUAUCUCUUCGAGACACUGUCGCUGUCCAUCAAAAUCGUCUGCCAAGCAGAUGCCACAGCUGUCAGUUCAUUUGAGGAGGCAUUGUUCCCAGUUUUCCAGGGCAUCCUGCAACAGGACAUAACUGAGUUUAUGCCAUAUGUAUUUCAAAUGCUAUCGGUGCUGCUGGAGGUGCGUGAGUCCAGUGGACCAAUACCGGAACCCUACUGGGCACUCUUUCCCUGCCUGCUGGCUCCACCCCUUUGGGAUCGCAGGGGCAAUGUGACCCCAUUAAUACGCCUGCUCUCGAUUUUCAUCAAACAAGGCUCCGCGCAAAUACAAGCGCUCGGCAAAUUGAAUGGCAUUCUCGGCAUCUUCCAGAAGAUGAUCGCCUCUAAGGCAAACGAUCAUGAGGGCUUUUAUCUGUUGCAGAAUUUGCUCUUCUAUUAUAACGCCGAUGAGCUACAAUCGAGUAUGCGACAAAUCUUUGGCUUGCUCUUCCAGCGACUGUCGCUUUCGAAGACCGCCAAGUAUCUGAAUGGAAUUAUUGUGUUCUUCAGUUUCUAUGUGGUCAAAAUUGGUGCCAGUGCACUGGUGCAGCUCAUCGAAGAGAUUCAGGCGGGCAUGUUUGGCAUGCUUCUGGAGCGUGUCUUCAUUACGGACAUGAACAAGGUCACCAUGGCAUUGAAUCGUAAAAUGGUAGCAGUGGGCGUUAGCAAAAUGCUUACAGAAUGCCCCGAACUGUUGUCGGGUCAAUAUGCAGCGUAUUGGCCACGUUUAUUGCACGCUCUUAUCGAUCUGUUCGAGCGCCUGCCAGAGAAGUUGCCCCACUUUGAUAUAGAUGCGACCGCUGCUGAGGGCGAUAUUGUGGUAGACGCCGAGCCUGGUUACCAGGCGGCCUUCUCCCAGCUGACUUUCGCUCAGCCCAAGCAGGUGGAUCAUCUGGCCGAAGUAGCUGAUGCUCGCCAAUAUUUGGCCAGCGCAUUGUCCAACUUAUCGCAGAGGCGACCAGGAGAAUUAACCACUUUGCUUGCACCGCUCGAGGCCGAGUAUAAACAAAUGCUUCAGAAAUAUUGCGAUCAGGCGGGAGUACGCAUUGGCUAAAUCAUUGAUUAAUUUGUACACACCUCGCAUACACACACCCUCCCAUUUAUAUGUACGAAAUUGUCAUACGAAAAUUAUUUAUAAAUCAAAUGAUUGUAAUUAUGUAAUCCAAUAUAAAGUUAUGUUUGAAGCGUA